CCCUUCCCUCCCUCCCUCCCCCGCAACCCCCUCGCCCCCGAUCCUCUCCCCCAUCGCACUGGAUCUCUGCUUCGCCUCGGCUUCUGCGCUAAUCCACUCCCGCCACUCAGCCUGAUGAUGCUGCUGCUGUUUUCGUUUUCAACUCACACUUACAAUAGCACAGAGCGUGCGAACAGCAAAUCGACGAUUGCUAAGUUAUGUGUGGCUCACAGCUUCGUGAAGUUUAGGAAGGAUCAGUUCGCUAGCUAGCUUCAGGAUAUUCCAAGCUAGACUGUUUCUGUACGAAGUUCGGGGGGGCCUAAAAAGGCUACCUACUAGACAGACCUAGUUCGAGAGGGUUCAAGCAGUGGCGAAGACCAGAAAGUCGUCGGACCGUGGGCCUCAGACAUAUAUGUUGUAGUCCAGAAGCGCUCCGACUGCGUGAAUGCUGGUCACUCUUCACAUUCGUUCAUUUUCGUCCGUGUGCCUGGCAGUCUCUUGAUUUGCCGACUGACCAAUGGCUCCCCGUGAAGCUGAUCGGCUGCUCUAGACAAUCUGCUGGAAUCAGAAAGUUCGACAGCCUCCUGCGAACCUUUAAGCGUAGUUUGAAAGGACGGUCCACAUUGAUCAAGUCCAAGUUGGAUGUGGUAGAAAGCCGAUCGUCCUCUUUGUUUCUGGUCGGCUGAACGUCACCGAAGCCGACCAAAAGUGUAUUUGCGACAUGCGUCGUCAUUACAGCUUCGGCCUUUCACUAAUCUGGUUCACGGUGUAGGAAGCUUAGACUCAGGAGCAUGGAGGGUUUGUUGCAGAGACUUUUUACUCUGGUGUAAUCAGCUAGAGUGUAGAAACUUUUAUACCUUGUAAGGCGAUGGUUUCGACUGGUUAGCGUGCUUAACCUGGUCGGUCACCAUACCACAGUUUAAGAGAGGGAAACAAAGAAUAUGAACGGUUGAAAUUUUAGUGAGACUCUGAACUAGAAUUAUAAUCGGUAACGUGGACAGCUCGAUUAUAUCAACGCAGGAUUACACUACCAGCGCGCGCUAGAUGUCCUAGGGAUGAUCUCUCGUUCUGGUCACCAGCUUUCUAUCUUGGAGAAAGGCCAUCGUUUAUGAUCACAUAGACAGAGUAAUGCUGAAGACCCUCAGCGCAUCGACUGUCCAAGUAACAACUGGCUCGAGAAGCAAGGACAUGUAGUCCCGAGAGUGAAACGAGGAGUAUAUCAUGAAUGGCACAGUGAGUCUCGAAAGUUCAGACACUGGAGUUCAAGUACAGCUCUGUGAUCCAAGCUUGUUUAUGUGAUCACAGAUUUUGAUGGUGCGGUUUAACUACAUGUACCCGGUUCAAGAGCAGCUGGAAGCCAUGACGGACCAACACACCCCAAGCAUGGAUUCGGUCUCGUCGGCCGGAGAGAAGACAUCCUCUUGCAUCGUCCAGCAGGGAGGAAAUGCAUCCGAAACUUCAAACUUGUGGGAAGAAUGGACACAAGGGUCGAACGGCGACGAUUCUGUCUCUACCAGCAACUUCCUCCCCGAACUGAAUUCCUCCACCUCCAGUCGUCUCGCAUUCCACCAAAGCGACAUUCUUUCCACUUGGAUCUCAGGCUACCACCCACUCUCGCAAAGCAGCCUGAGUUCCGAAUUCAGCCACACCUCCGACCGCGAGAAUCACCCCCCAGCAUUCAUGCAAGAGGGUUUAAUCCCCAGUGGUUUAAUUCUUGACUCUGAUCCUGCUCUCACAGAUAUUUAUACGAGAAGCAGCUCCUCGGACUCUUUGCCAUACCCCACGGCUAGGAUCAUGGACAAAGCAUUGACCGAUCACGAGCUUGAGUCUGCUGUCCCACUUGCAUAUGAAAAAGGCUGCGUUCCUCCCCAGGUUCUGCGUAACCUAGGGCCAUUGUCACCUUCUUCGCCUCUGGCAUUCCAGAAUGGACUGCUAAACCCCCUCAGGGACCCUUGGGAUUCGUGUCCAUCUGCAUUGCCAUGGUCAAAUGUGACCACAGCCAGCCAGACUUACGGUCAAGUGACAACCAGGACUUUCAUUCCAGAUCACUCUGCAAGUGCAAUCGACAAGUUGGAGGCCGUCGCAACGAUCACUGCCGGAUACGGCGCGUCGAAACCACAACAUACUGACGUCUUCAUAGAACCCAACGGGACGUUUCAGUCGACUCCGGCAGGGUGGGCACCGCAGUUUUACGAUGGAUCCGAGGCGACGGGCCUGUUGGUCAAGCCAAUGAGGGCCAUCGCAUCUCUGGGUGAAGCCGGCUGUGGGGAGGCCACUAGUGAAUUCUGCACAAAGACCAAGCCAGGACUUCUCAAAGGUGGGGACACAAUAACCUCGCCGGUGGGUAGCCUGUUGGGCGAUUGCAAAAAAGCUGAGUCAAGUAUGAAGCAAGUUUGGCCUGGAAAACACCGUCUUGAACUCGUGGAACUAGUCGAUGGUGAAGACACCAAAUCAAGUCCCACCCAGCUCAAACGGCCGAAACAUUCUACGGAUUAUGCGAAUGUCCUGUUGAGCGAUCAUAUUCUGAAAGGAGCGGAGCUGCGGUCCUACUUCCAUUCUGGUGAUGUUGGUCUAAAUGCAUCUCAAGCGAUGGACAUUAUUGUAAUUGGCCCAGCCUUGAAUACUAAUGGCAAGCCGCGAGCUAAACGGGGUUCAGCCACCGAUCCCCAGAGUGUGUACGCUAGACAUAGGCGAGAAAAAAUCAACGAACGACUGAAGAAUUUACAAAAUCUCGUGCCAAAUGGAGCCAAGGUUGACAUUGUGACCAUGCUAGACGAAGCCAUACACUACGUCAAAUUCUUGCAAACUCAAGUUGAGCUGCUGAAAUCCGACGAGUUCUGGAUGUUCGCAAAUCCACACAACUACAACGGCAUAGAUAUCUCCGAUCCCUCUAGCAUGCAUUCGCCGGAGCUGGAGUCGAAUAUUUAGGUGUAACAGCCCCACCAGCCCCCACUCAUGAUUUUAUAGGGUCUUUUGCCCUUCCCCCAACAGAUUCAUGGCUCUCAUCAGGUUUAGAGUUACCGAUCUGCCCGGUAUUGAUAGCUUCAGCUCAUUUGAUUUAAUCUGUCAAGUUACCUCUGUGGUGGUCCAAUGAGAUCUGGCUGAAGCCAUCAAAACUGAGAUUGUGCAGAUUUUGUAUAAAUUCGUUCACACGAUUCACCUCUGCACACAUAUAAGCUCCAUUCGCAGAUUCAAUUUGGAACUUCAA